AUGGCCGCUGCGCCCUGAGGGGAGAUGGAUUUGGAGGUGAGGGAUGCGAACGCGUCGGACUGUUUGUCCCGGAAUGAGAGCGACCGCGGACCUGACGCUUCCUCCGGGGGAAUGUCCACUGCGCUGGCCAGCGUGCUGAUCUUCACCAUCGUGGUGGACAUCCUGGGCAACGUCCUCGUCAUCCUGUCCGUGUACAGGAACAAGAAACUGAGGAAUGCAGGCAACAUCUUCGUGGUGAGUCUGUCCGUGGCCGACCUGGUGGUGGCGCUGUACCCUUACCCCCUGGUGCUGACGGCCAUCUUCCACAACGACUGGACCAUGGGCGACCUGCACUGCCAGGCCAGCGGCUUCGUCAUGGGCCUCAGCGUCAUCGGCUCCAUCUUCAACAUCACGGCCAUCGCCAUCAACCGCUACUGCUACAUCUGCCACAGCCUCCACUACGACCGGCUGUACAGCCUGAGGAACACCUGCUGCUACCUGGGCCUCACCUGGCUGCUCACCGCCCUCGCCACCGUGCCCAACUUCUUCGUGGGCUCGCUGCAGUACGACCCGCGCAUCUACUCCUGCACCUUCGCCCAGACGGUCAGCUCGUACUACACCAUCUCCGUGGUGAUCAUCCACUUCCUGAUCCCGCUGCUGGUGGUGUCUUACUGCUACAUGAGGAUAUGGGUGCUGGUGAUUCAAGUGAAGCAUCGGGUCAAACCGGAGCUAAGGACCAAGCUGAAAGCGAGCGACGUGAGGAACUUCCUGACUAUGUUUAUAGUGUUUGUGUUGUUUGCCGUGUGCUGGGCUCCGCUGAAUCUCAUCGGCCUGGCUGUGGCCAUAAACCCUGAGCAGGUGGCGCCCCACAUUCCCGAGUGGCUCUUUGUCAUGAGCUACUUCAUGGCGUACUUCAACAGCUGCCUCAACGCCAUCAUAUACGGACUUCUAAAUCAAAACUUCCGUAAAGAGUACAAGACGAUCCUGCUUUCUCUUUGCGUGCCGCGUCUGCUCCUCAUGGAGACGUCCAAGUGUGCCACCGAGGGGCUGAGGAGCAAGCCCUCACCGGCGCCGACCAAUAAUAAUGUAGCGGAGCUAAAUUUAUAAACAGCGGUUAUCAUCCAGAGCCUUGUUGUGGGUGUGUGUCAUGAUUCACAAAGUGCCUUUUCACAAGAUGUGUAUCAUGUAAAGAGAUGAGCAUGUUUGAAGAGGACACUGCUUUCUCUGUUUUCCUUUCAGCAAUGUCCAACACCACAGUUCCCUCAUGUUGAGGGGAAAACCAUCAGUGUUAACAUCGUGCUGCAUCCUGACACCGCCCACUGCUUUCAAUUCAAAGACUCACCGGUUAACGUGCAGAAAAGACGAUUUUCUAUUAAAAUCUCUCCGAGUCAGAA